CUGACAAUGCUGUGGAGAUGAAGAUAGUGUGUAGCUGCUUCUGGACUCCAGGAGGAGGAGAUUCCGCGAGCCGACACCAUGCGAUCCAAGGCGAGGGCGAGGAAGCUAGCCAAAAGUGACGGUGACGUUGUAAAUAACAUGUAUGAGCCUGACCCGGAUCUGCUGGCUGGCCACAGUGCCGAGGACGAGACUGAGGACAGUGUCAUGUCGCCCGUCCCCACGAGCGAGGACUUCACCCCCAAGGAGGGCUCGCCCUAUGAAGCCCCGGUGUACAUUCCUGAAGACAUUCCUGUCCCACCAGACUUCGAGCUACGAGAGUCCUCUGUCCCAGGGGCUGGCCUGGGCAUCUGGGCCAGGAGGAAGCUGGAAGUUGGGGAGAGGUUCGGCCCCUUCCUGGCGGCACCCCGGGCCACUCUGAAGGAUACUGACUUUGGAUGGGAGCAAAUACUGACCGAUGCAGAAGCGUCGUCCCAGGAGGGCUGCAUCAAAAAGAUCUCUGAGGACCUGGGCAGUGAGAAGUUCUGCGUGGAUGCUCACCAGGAGGGGGGCGGCAGCUGGCUCAAGUACAUCCGAGUGGCAUGCUCCUGUGAUGACCAGAACCUCGCCAUGUGUCAGAGCAGCGAGCAGAUUUACUACAAAGUCAUUAAGGACAUCGAGCCCGGUGAGGAACUGCUGGUGCACUUGAAGGAGGGCGUCUACCCCCUGGGUACAGCGCCGCCCAGUCUGGACGAGGAGCCUACGUUCCGCUGUGACGAGUGUGAUGAGCUCUUCCAGUCCAAGCUGGACCUGCGGCGCCACAAGAAGUAUGCAUGCGGCUCGGUGGGUGCCGCGCUCUACGAGGGCCUGGCGGAGGAGCUGAAGCCUGGGGGCCUGGGCAGCGGGGCUGGUGGCCUGUCCCACGAGUGCAAAGACUGCGAACGGAUGUUCCCCAACAAGUACAGCUUGGAGCAGCACAUGAUCGUCCACACGGAGGAGCGCGAAUACAAGUGUGACCAGUGUCCCAAGGCCUUCAACUGGAAGUCCAACCUCAUCCGCCACCAGAUGUCCCAUGACAGCGGCAAGCGCUUCGAGUGUGAAAACUGCGUCAAGGUGUUCACGGACCCCAGCAACCUACAGCGGCACAUCCGUUCCCAGCACGUGGGAGCCCGGGCCCACGCCUGCCCGGACUGCGGGAAGACCUUCGCCACAUCCUCUGGCCUCAAGCAGCACAAGCAUAUCCACAGCACGGUCAAGCCCUUUAUAUGCGAGGUCUGCCACAAGUCCUACACGCAGUUCUCCAACUUGUGCCGGCACAAGCGGAUGCACGCCGACUGCCGCACGCAGAUCAAGUGCAAGGACUGCGGGCAGAUGUUCAGCACCACCUCCUCGCUCAACAAGCACCGGCGUUUCUGUGAGGGCAAGAGCCAAUACGCACCAGGCAGCAUCUUCACACCGGGCCUGCCUUUGACCCCUGGCUCCGUGCUGGACAAGGCCAAGCCCUCCCCUAGCCUCAACCACUCUGGCCUGGGCUUCGGAGACUACUUUCCCUCCCGGCCACACCCGGGCAGCCUGCCCUUCUCCACGGCACCGCCAGCCUUCCCCGCACUCACACCCGGCUUCCCAGGCAUCUUCCCUCCAUCCUUGUACCCCCGGCCACCUCUGCUACCUCCCACACCGCUGCUCAAGAGCCCCCUGAACCACACCCAGGACGCCAAGCUCCCCAGUCCCCUGGGUAACCCAGCGCUGCCCCUCGUCUCUGCGGUCAGCAACAGCAGCCAGGGUGCCACAGCAGCCACCGGGCCAGGAGAGGAGUUCGACAGCCGCCUAGAGGACCCAUGUCCGGGGAAGCUCAAGACACGGGGCAGCGACGUGUCGGACGGCAGCGACUUCGAGGACGUCAACACCACGACAGGGACCGACCUGGACACAACCACAGGGACAGGCUCGGACCUGGACAGUGACGUGGACAGCAACCCUGACAAGGCCAAGGGCGAGAGCAAACCAGCUGAGGGCAAGCCCGAGUUUGGGGGUGGCUCGGCGCCCCCGGGCCCCCCGAACAGCGUGGCUGAGGUGCCCGUCUUCUACUCCCAGCACUCCUUCUUCCUGCCGCCGGACGAGCAGCUGCUGACUUCGUCGGGUGCCGCCGGAGACUCCAUCAAGGCCAUUGCGUCCAUCGCCGAGAAGUACUUUGGGCCAGGCUUCAUGGGCAUGCAGGAGAAGAAGCUGGGCCCGCUGCCCUACCACUCCGUGUUCCCCUUCCAGCUGCUGCCCAACUUCCCCCACGCCCUCUACCCCUUUACGGACCGAGCCCUCGCCCACAACCUGCUGGUCAAGGCUGAGCCACAGUCGCCCCGUGACGCCCUCAAGGUGGGCGGCCCCAGCGCCGAGUGCCCCUUCGAUCUCACCACCAAACCAAAGGAGGCGAAGCCCAUCCUACCUGCGCCCAAGGGUCCCCCGGCCCCUAUUCCUGGCGAGGAGCAGCCGCUGGACCUGAGCAUUGGCAGCCGGGUGCGUGCCAGCCAGAACGGGGGCGGGCGGGAGCCCCGGAAGAACCACAUCUAUGGGGAGCGGAAGCUGGGGCCUGGCGAGGGGCUGCCCAAGGUGUGCCCGGCACACGUGCCCCAGCAGCCCUCGCUGCACUACGCCAAGCCCUCACCCUUCUUCAUGGACCCCAUCUACAGCAGGGUAGAAAAGCGGAAGGUGACGGACCCCGUGGGAGUCCUGAAGGAGAAGUACCUGCGGCCGUCCCCACUGCUGUUCCACCCCCAGAUGUCAGCCAUAGAAACCAUGACGGAGAAGCUGGAGAGCUUCGCAGCUAUGAAGGCUGACACGGGCAGCUCCCUGCAGCCUCUCCCCCACCACCCCUUCAACUUCCGGUCUCCACCCCCCACGCUCUCAGAUCCCAUCCUCCGGAAGGGCAAGGAGCGGUACACCUGCAGGUACUGUGGGAAGAUCUUCCCCAGGUCAGCAAACCUCACCAGACACCUGAGAACACACACCGGGGAGCAGCCAUACAGGUGCAAGUACUGCGACCGCUCCUUCAGCAUCUCCUCCAACCUGCAGCGGCACGUGCGCAACAUCCACAACAAGGAGAAGCCCUUCAAGUGCCACCUGUGCAGCCGCUGCUUCGGCCAGCAGACCAACCUGGACCGGCACCUCAAGAAGCACGAGCACGAGAGCGUGCCUGUGAGCCAGCACGCUGGGGUCCUCACCAACCACCUGGGGACCAGCGCCUCCUCCCCCACCUCCGAGUCGGACAACCACGCACUUUUAGACGAGAAGGAGGACUCCUAUUUCUCCGAGAUCAGAAAUUUCAUCGCCAACAGCGAGAUGAACCAAGCAUCCACGCGGACAGACAAAAGGACGGAGAUCCAGGGUCUGGAUGGGAGUGCUCAGUGUCCAGGCUUAGCCAGCGAGAAGCCAGAGGAUGGGGAGGAGGAGGAGGACGAGCUGGAGGAGGAUGAUGAGGACAGCCUGGCUGGGAAGUCACAGGACGACACUGUGUCCCCAGCACCCGAGCCUCAGGCUGCCUAUGAGGAUGAAGAAGACGAGGAGCCGCCCACCUCCCUUUCCGUGGGCUUCGACCACACCCGGAGGUUUAUUGAGGAGCAAGAAGGCGGCCUGUUAGCUUUGGAGCCGAUGCCGACUUUUGGGAAGGGGCUGGAUCUCCGCAGAGCAGCUGAGGAAGCAUUUGAAGUUAAAGAUGUGCUUAAUUCCACCUUAGAUUCUGAGGCUUUAAAACAGUCACUGUGCAGGCAGGCUCAGAACCAGGCAUAUGCAAUGAUGCUGUCCCUUUCUGAGGAUGCUCCUGUGCACACCUCCGCCCAGGGCUCUCUGGACGCCUGGUUGAGCAUCACAGGGGGCAGUUCAGAGCCCAGAGCCUUCAACCCCAUGAACCACCUCUGA